CUUCGAAAAGCCAUUCUCCGAAUAUUUACGCGCAAACACGGUCUACACCUGCACGCCUCCUCUUUGCCCUUUAUCCAAUCCAGUCUAGCGGCGCACGAUCUGUUGGACAAGCCCGAAGAGUGGACGGAGGCUCUUGAAGCUCUUGCGAAAGGUGUGGACGAAGUGUCGGAUAUGCACCUUCACAUGGCUGCUACCGCUACUGCUGCCCAACCUUCCUCCUCCUCCUCCUCCGCCUCCUUCUCCUCUUCGGUCGUCACGCCCGAGAUAUUGGAAGCGGUGUAUGAGAGAUUGGUGCUGGCAGACUCGGUGACGGAUGCUAGCAAUGCCGCUCAUCACGCGCACACCACGAUGAAUGGAAAUGGCGCACACGAUCUCGUAGCUGGUGAGGUCGCAGAUCCUCAAAGGCAUUUCCACAUCAUCGAUGCUUUUCAAAUGCCGCGAUGGAGUUGGUCUCAUUCUCGUUGGGAAAAACAAGCCAAGGGGACGCUCUUGCCGCCAGCUACGGCCAAACCGAUGCACUUGGCUCAAAGACUGGCCAUCAUUCGUUCGGCGGUGGAGCGGAAUAGCAACUUUAUGCCUCCGCUGGCCAUCGGUGGUGCAGUGGAGAGGCAGCGCUUCAUGAAGCUCACAAGCACCAAGAAUCUGCUGGGACGUCCAGGUCAGCGCUUCCUUUUGUUUGGCAUGCUCUCCACCACCGAGGAUGGCAGAUACGCUUUGGAAGAUGCGGAUGGUGUCGUAGGCUUGGACUUGCAAGAUGCUGUGCCUGGCGAAGGUAUCUUUACGGAAGGUAGCUUCAUCCUGGUAGAGGGCGAAUACACGCAAGAGGAGAGGAUCAGAGCAGCAGCUAUCGGUCAUCCACCUGGAGAAUCGCGCAAAGCUGCUAGGAAACUAUGGUCAGACACUGAUUUCAACGGGACGGGCUCGAAACGCUUGUUGACUCGUUGGUCGAUUCGAUGCUUACUUGCUUGCCUCUCCUCGAAGCAGUCGCUGCUCAAAGUGCACGAAGAGCGCAACGACGAUGUGUGCAUGAUCUUCAUCUCCGAAUUCCACUUGGAUCACCAAAAAACGAUGGCUAGCUUUAGGGCCAUGCUGCAAGGCUUUGUGGAUGCUCAAUUCAUCCCCUUUGCCUUUGUGCUGUGCGGCAACUUUUUGAGCGCACCGCAUCAAGGAGGCGACACUGUGCGGCUGUAUCAAGAUGCUUUCGCACAGCUGGGAGAUCUCCUGCUAUCCUAUCCUUCCAUCCUAACACGAUCCCGCUUCAUCUUCGUACCAGGUCCAUCCGAUCCCUUUACCACGCCUCUCCUUCCACGUCCAGCUCUACCUCAAAUCAUCACCUCCAAACUCCUCUCCAAGAUUGCCAGCUCCAACUCGGGCGCGGUGGCUAGCAGCGCGAACAGGUUCCGCUUCGUCAGCAAUCCGGCCAGGUUGCAAUACUUUGGACAGGAGAUUGUGGUUUGUAGGGACGAUUUGAUGAGCAGGAUGCUUAGGAAUACGGUCAGGUUGAAGGAUGGCGAACGUGGUGCAAGAGAGGUGGAUCUGAAGAAAUACGUG